AUGCAGUAUGCUCAACUUGCAGCUGGCACGGCACUCAUAUCAGGCCCGAAAAAUGAGGAGAUCUGUUCUGCGUACCUGCUCGUGCAGUUAUAUCCGGUGCCUCCGAAACAUUGGGAAGAAGAUCGGGGAUGGAUAUAUCUUGGCGUUGCCAUCUGUAGGAUCGCGCAAGACAUCAAUCUCAACUGCCCCAUGACUGCGAAGCCCCUCAACCAGCAUCACACACGUCGUCUCCUCAGCCGUACACAAAUCUGGUUGAAUUGUUUCAACUUGGAUCGGUCCACGGGUACCCAGUAUGGCAAGCGGGCGAUCAUCCCAAAUUCGGACUACGUCGCUCGACACUGUGAUAUGUGGUGGCAAUUGUCGCCCUAUGAUCUCAGUGGAUUUGAUAUCCAAACAUGCAUAUAUAACAUGGAGCUGAGGUUAAUGGCGGUUUUCAUGGCGAAGAUAUAUAGCGACCGGGUUCUUCAACACCCUCCUCUCUGA